GAAAAGAAACACGAAAAAUGGGUUCUUUCGGAGGCUUAGCAAUCAUUUUUGCAAGCUUUCUUUGUCUAUUUCUUGUCUCAGAUCUAAUCGACUCGCAUUCGGAAGAUGAUGGCUUUGCAGGGGAUCCGAGACCCUCCUUACCGACUUAUCCAUGGAACCACCAAAGAAAUCUUUGACAUGAGAAAGGAAGUCAUGGGCAGGUCACAUAUUUUAUCACACGACACAUUUUCUGUAGUUCAGCCUCACAUGCACGCGUGGAUCAAGAUAUAUGGGAAGAAUUAUCUUCAAUGGCAUGGUUCUCAGGCUCAGUUGGUCAUACGGAACCCGACUUGUGCAAAGAGAUACCGAAUAACAAAGAUAGAGCUUCCGAAACGAGAGAUCGCAAACUUUGUGAAUAAGCUACUGGGAGAUGGCCUUGUGGCAACAACCGAAGCUGAAAAUGGGGGAAACUGCGGAAACUAGCCACCCAUACCUUCCAUGGAGAGACUCUACAAAGUAUGAUUCCGAAAAAUGAUAGCUAGUGCCGAGACAAUGCUAGAAAGGUGGAAAGAUUUUGAAGGACAAGAGAUUGAGGUGUAUGAAGAGUUUAGAUUGUUCACUUCGGAAGUGAUUUCUAGAACAGCAUUUGGCAGCAGCUAUAUUGAAGGAAAGAACAUUUUUGAUAUGUUGAUCAAGAUAGGCUCCCUAAUAUUCAAAAAUUCUCUCAAGGUCAGGGUUCCUGGCAUCAGUAAGUUCUUCAAAACCAGUGAUGAGAUCGAAUCAGACAAACUUGAGAUCGAAUCAGUCAAGAAAAGAGAAAAGAAGGCAAGGCCUGAAGAAAAAGACAGUUUCGGAAGUGAUUUUCUUGGAUUACUUUUGAAGGCUCGUCACAAUGCCAAUGACAACCAUAGGAUUUCGGUGGAUGAGUUAAUUGAUGAGUGCAAGACGUUUUACUUUGCUGGACAAGAAACCACUAAUACUUCGCUUGCUUGGACUGUAUUACUUCUGGCACUCCAUACGGAUUGGCAAGAGGAAGCAAGGAAGGAGGUCAUAAUUAUUUGGCAAACAAACUCCAAAUCACGAUGGCAUUUCCAAAAUGAGAACCGUGACGAUGAUCAUCAAUGUCUCUGAGGUUAUAUACCCCUCCGGUUUCUCCUGUAAGGAAAGCUGAAAGGGAAGUUAAACUGGGAAAGCUCAUCAUUCCUGCUAAUCUCGAAUUGGUUGUCUCGACCAUUGCACCUCACCAAGAUCCAAAAAUAUGGGGGCAAGAUGUCCACCUUUUCAAACAAGACAGAUUCUCAGAAGGGGUUUUGAAAGCAACUAACAAUAACGUGGGCGCAUUCAUACCGUUUGGACUGGGACCUCGAACUUAUGUGGGCUUGAAUUUUGCGACAACUGAAGCGAAGAUUGCUCUGUCCAUGAUUCUACAACGCUACUCCUUCACCCUUUCCCCCGGUUACGUCCACUAGCCCUUGCAUUAUAUUUCCGUUCGUCCACAUCAUGGAGUUCAGGUGAUUUUACUCGCUUUGAAUGGCGAAGACCAGAGUUUCCCAUGAUUCUUGUAUUUGGGGUAUCUUAAGCACCCAGACAUUGAUGCCUUUGAUUAUGUACUAGCUUAUAAACAGUUCAAUCGAUACACCCAUUGUUAGGUUUUAAAUUAAAACACAAACAAAAUUAUCACUGCA